GCCACUACGAUCAAAUACAAAACAAAUCCACGUCAAAAUGUAUCGAAAAGUAAUUGUCGCCUUUGUAAAGCAAUGACAUAUUGUAUGACGAUUAAUUCCGUUAGCGGGAUCUGUUUGGUUAUAAUUAUCAGUCAUGCAUUGGUUGUUUCACAGGAAAGUGAUGAGACGGAAACUAUUGGAUCAAGAGUAAAUAUGGACCUAUAUCACAGGACAUCAGUUCAUAACAUGCAAGAUAAUUUAGCGUAUUUUCCCAAGUCAGCAUUUCAGGGGAAAUCUACACCAUUCCAUUCAAAACACUUAAAACAUUCAUUCCAUUCAGGACAUUUAUUAUUUCAACAUUUGAAGAAAGAGAGAAUUUCACGAAAUGGUGAUAAUUUAAAUCAUAUAAACAAACUAUCAUCUAUAGGUAAAGAAAUUAAAGAUACGCACAAUAUAGCAAAUGAAGACAAUGUUGUACAAAAGUGUCUGCAAUUAAAGAACUUCAUAUCUAAAGAUAAUCCAGAAAGAAAAUGGUGCUAUGUUUUUCUUCAUCAGUAUUAUUCUUUAAGAAGAAAAGGUAUAAAUAUAUUUAAAAAUAAACAUUCAGACUUAUAUGAAAACAUUAGAUUUAACCAGAGAAAACUUUUAUCCAGUUCUCUUAAAAAUAAACAAAAUUUUAAACAUGUGCCAAAGUUCGGUGUUAGAAGAAAACGCAGAAAUCGUAAUGGAAUAGCACUGAAGCGGAAGAAAAUGGAAGAUCGUAUUAAAGGUGGUACUAGGGUCACACCAAUAAACGGCUCUGCCAACGGUUCCAAUUCAUCGGAAGUAAAUAUUGAAAAACUGGCGCUUCAAGAAUUAGAAGAGUAUGAAAAAUUUGUUGCAUUGAUGAAACAGACAUUUUCAAAAGAUCCACUGCGGGCAAUGUUGAGUGUUUCAUUCCUCCUGAUUGUAAUGAUGCUGGCCAUCAAAUUGUGUGGUAUGAAACCUACCAUGCAACAUCAAGAAAAGUUCAUUGACAUACAUGAAGAUAUUCACUACGUUAAUAUACAUGACAUUCUUAAACGAAAACGUCGCUAUUUACCAAAAUAUCUACUGACAUGGGAAAGAAGAUUGCGACGGAAAUUCAAGAGGCGUCAGAGGAUGAGGAAAGAACGUGAACGUGAACUAGCCGUUGAUCCGGUAUCAGACAAUAGUGAAGAGGAGAGUCUUAUAUACAGUGGAAAUUUUGACUUUUAGUGAUGUAAAGAUUGCUCAUACAGUAUUGGAUUAGAAUUUUUCUUAAAUUUUUUUGCAUACAUUUUUAGCUCACCUGAGUGCAGAGUUGUGGGGGUGAGCUUCUGUGAUCACUCACCUUUUGUUGUAUGUGUGUUGUCCACACUUUUCUUCAAACCAUAUAUUCCUUUUUCUUCAAAAAACAUGGCAGGCAGUGCGAGUGGUCUCUUCCAUAUAAUUUAUGUAUAGAGUCUACACUUAAAAAAUCUUCUUGUCAGAUACUGCAUGCAAAAGUCAAAAUAAUUUCUUACAAGUGUUUCUUGGAUAAUGUUUUAGUUUUACCAAGAGUGUUCAAAUUGUUGUGUUUCAAAGGAAAAAACAGUAUUUCCAGAGCAAAAAAAUGGAAAGAUAAGCUUUAAAAACCUUCUCCUAAACCAUUGCACUAAAUUUUAAAAUACUUUUGCAGAAAUGUUUUCUGGAAGACUUGCAAAGAAUUUUUAGCUCGACUAUACAAAUAGAGAGCUGUCCUACUUGACCCAGCAUCGGUGUCGGCGUGUUUCCGUGUCCCCCACUUUGGUUAAAGUUUUGAUGCACUUUCUCUUCAUCUCUGUAAUACUUGAUGGAUUUGUUUCAAACUUAAAAUAGUUAUUCCUCAUUAUCACCCACAUAAUAUGGCACAAGGUCCAUAACUUUCACACCAAUAUUUUAUGAAUUAUUCCCCUUUUUUACUUAGAAUUUCAGGUUAAAGUUUUGAUGAACUUUCACUCUAUCUCAGUUAUUAUUAAAUGGAUUUGAUUUAAACUUAAAAUAGUUGUUCCACAUCACCACUCGCAUCAUAUGACACAAGGGCCAUAAAUCUUGCACCGAUGUUUCAGUUAUUAUGCCUUCUUUUUGGUUAGAAUUUCAGUUGGAUUUUUAUGCUUUUUCACCAUAUCUCUGUUAUUACUAAAUGGAUUGUUUUUUUAUACUUAAAAAUAGUUGUUCCACAUCAUCACCUACACCAUAUGAUUUGAUACACUUAAUGUUUAUCUCUGUUAUUACCUAAUACGGUUGACAAAGACAUAAGCCAAUAUCAACAAUAUUAAGUCCAACAUUUUCAUCUACAUGGAGUCAUUAAACACUCCAGUGACAGCUCCAUCUUCCUCUGAAGUGCCCACUUUCACUUUCCAGCAUCAAAAUGGUUGAGCAGGCUGUCUUCUGUGACAGCUCUUGUUAUGCUACCGGUAUUUACUAAAUGAAAAAGGCUUAGAUGGAAGACAUGACCAACACCAAGUCAAGGUUUUUUCUUUUAUUGUUCAACUUAUCAGGAAUAUAACUGUUUAUUUGUUUCAAAACAUUGCCACCAGAGCUAAAAAUAAAAACCUAAUUUCACAGAAAUGGUCCAUAGGUGACUCUCCUACAAACAUCUUGAUUUGUCAAGAAAUAUGGCUGCCUGAACAGAUCUUACUUUCCCUACAUGUCUCUGUCGAAAGCAUUGAAAGUCUUCUCCUUUGUAUCCACAAGCUAGUUUUCAAAAUAAUUUAGCAGAAAUAUUGUUUGGAUGACUCUGUCAAAAUUUUACUGUUUGAACUGUGAAAACUCAGGUGAGAAAUUAAGGGUCAUCGUGACCCUCAUGUUCAAAACUGAUACUUUAAAGCAGUCUGUAUUUACUUGCCAUAUAAUUUUGUUGAUGGAUUAUCUUCCUGACAAAAGCUGAGAUUUUCUUUCUUUAUACACCAGUUUCUCUGAAAUCUCUGGCCUACAAACUAUUACUCUCUAUAAAAUUCGAGAGUAAAUUAAUUAUUCUCUAAACUUUCAUAACAGUAAGAAAGAAAACAAACACAGAAAGUAGGAAUAAGGCUAAUAUUUUGGCAGUAAGUAUCGAUUUACAAGAUAUAUCAACACAAUGCACAUUUAAUUAAGUGUUCAUCUGUUCCGAAUGUCGUAGUGGUGUUCCGGUUGUGGUGUUCCGGUUGUCGUAGUGUCGUUGGAAUGGAAUGGAAAACUGAAACGAAACUAACUUAGAAUUGAACAAAAUUUCAAAUUAAACUAAAAGAAAAGUAACAUGAAGCCUUGCUCUGCUUUAACUGAAAAAGAACUAUUUUUAGAGACAAUUAAAUGUAAAACCAUCAGCGUCAUAUCCUCCUGAGUAACUCCGCCUGUGAAAUAACUGUAUGUGAAAAUAAAAAGAAAAUUCAAUAAUACUUGAAUAAGAAUAUUUUCUUUCUCGCUUAGUGUCCAUAAAUAUGCAGACAACAAUAAAAUCUUUUAUAAAAAUCUGAACUAUUAUAGAUCGAUUGAUAAGAAUGCUUCAGACCGCUUAAGCAUAUGGGGAGGGUGGGUAGGGCAUUCACUAUUUUAAACCUCACUGCCAAAUAUUUAACCUCGAGAUGAAUCAAAGUUACGUUGUAAAGGUAUAUAUAUAUACCCAAUACACAAAUGCACGAUAAGCACGAGACUAUUCCCGCCAACCUGAAUUACUGUAGAGACUGUUAUUAUCGUACCGAGAAUAAUUUCAUUCAAAAACUAGUUCAUUCCAAAAUCAGACUGUUUUUCAUGUAGAAAUAAUAGAUGAAUUGUGAUUUGUUACAUAUAAUGGGAGGUACAUGUAUGCUAAAAUCCUGUACAAAAUACGCAUCUGAUGAAAUAAAAUCCCUGUACAAAAUACGCAUCUGAUGAAAUAAAACCUUAUACAAAAGACACAAAAAGUCAAAUGAAGAAAUAAUCCCAGUACAAAAUAUGCAUCUGAUGAAAGGAAUCCCUGUACAAAAUACACACCUGAUGAAAUAAAUACCUUGUACAAAAUACACAUCUGAUGAAAUAAAACCUUGUACAAAAUACACAUCUGAUGAAAUGAAUCCCAGAACAAGAUACGCAUCUGAUGAAAUAAAUCCUUGUACAAAAUACACAUCUGAUGAAAUGAAUCUCAGUACAAAAUAUGCAUCUGGAAAGUAAAUCCCUGUACCAAAUAUGCAUCUGAUGAAAUAAAUCCCAGAUGCUGGUCUCGGAAGAAUGUUUUAGUGGAAAGUACCCAAUACAGAAUGCUUUCUGACUUUUUUCAAAGCCCCUGGGUGUUGUUUCUAUAUGUAAGGCUGUUUCAUGUGAUUUAAGUUAAGCAGGGUUUGUUCUGAUAUGAGGAAGAAGGGGCUGGAACCUCUUAUCUGGGGAAAAAUAGCUCAGUAUUUUGGGAAAAGUGGAAUAGAAAUCCUGAUUUAAGGUCAAUUUUUGGGGAAAAUUGCAUGAUUUGAAAGACAUUCUAAGGAGAAGGGGCCUAUAAAUGGUCCCUAUAAUAGAAAAAGGUCCCUUUGAUGGAGCAAAGGAUUGAAGUUGGGACUUCAGUUAUUACUGUUGAAUGCAAAUCCACCCUCGGAGUCUUUUUUUUUAAAAAGGGGGGGGGGGGGGGGGGGAAGAUUUCCAGUGUUACUGUGUCUCACCUGUUAACAAUAUAUCAUCAUAGAAAACAUGAUCUCUAGACAUGAUUUUGUUUCCAUUUAGUAUAGGUACAUUAUGUAUGUAAAUGUUUAUAAUAUUCUUAGUACAUAUGAAAAUGCAGUGUGUAAGAAAAAGAAUAUGCUUUACUAGUGACAUGGUAGCUACAGAAACUCUAGUUCGUAUUAAAUCAUAUUUCAUGAUCCUUUUUUAUUGUGCCAAAUGUAUUUUGUUGUAUUGUUAGACUUCAUGGUUUUAGUAUCAUAAUGACUGUGUUAUUGCUGUCACUUUUGACUAGUUGUAGAAUUACUGAUGGAUGUACUAAAUCAGUAACAGGGUUUUUGUUAAUUAUGCCCCUCUUCGAAGAAGGAGGGGUAUAUUGUUUUGCAGAUGUCGGUGGGUCGGUAUGUAGACCAAUCCGUUUCCGGAUGAUAACUCAAGAAUGCUUAGGAUCAUGAAAGUUGAUAGGAAGGUUGGUAAUCACCUGCAGAUGACCACUAUUGAUUUUGAGAUCUGUAUGUCAAAGGUCAAGGUCACAGUGACCCUGAUCAGUUAAACGGUUUCCAGAUGAUAACUCAAGAACGCUUGGGCCUAGGAUCAUGAAAGUUGAUAGGGAGGUUGGUCAUGACCAGCAGUUGACCACUAUUGAUUUUGAGGUCAAUAUGUCAAAGUUCAAGGUCACAGUGACCCGGAACAAUUAAACGGUUUCCGGACGAUAACUCAAGAUUGCUUGGGCCUAGGAUCAUGAAAGUUGAUAGUGAGGUUGAUCGUGACCAGCAGAUGACCCCUAUUGAUUUUGAGGUCAGUAGGUCAAAGUUCAAGGUCACAGUGACCAGGAACAGUAAAACGGUUUCUGGGCGAUAACUCAAGAACGCUUGGGCCUAGGAUCAGGAAAAUUGAUAGGGAGAUUGAUCAUGACCAGCAGAUGUCCCGUAUUGAUUUUGAGGUCAUUUGGUCAAAGUUCAAGGUCAGAUUGGCCAGGAACAGUUAAAACAAUUUCUGGACGAUCACUUUAGAACGCUUGGGCCAAGGGUCAUGAAAGAUGAUAGUGAGGUUCAUCAUGACCAGCAGAUGACCCCUAUUGAUUUAAAGGUCAGUAGGUCAAAGGUCAAGGUUACAGUGACCCAGAACAUUUAAACCAUUUCCAGACAAAAACUUGAGAAUGCUUGGGCCUAGGAUCAUGAAACUUGAUAGGGAGUUUGGUCAUGACCUGUAGAUGACCCCUAUAGAUUUUGAGAUCUGUAGGCUAAAGGUCAAGGUCACAUUGACCCGAAACAGUUAAACUCUUUCCAGAUGAUACCUUGAGAACGCUUGGGCCUAGGAUCACUAAACUUGAUAGGGAGGUUGAUCAUGACCAGGAGAUGACCCCUGUUGAUUUUGAGGUCAAUAGGUCAAAGGUCAAUGUCACAUUGAACCAGAACAGUAGAACUUUUGUUUACAGUGAGCAAAUAGUUUCUGUUCCUUGUUCAAUUACUGAAUGCAUCAAGGGGGGCAUUUCGUGGUUCUUGCUAAACUUUGUUUGAUCCCGAUAGAGCCGUACAUGAAAAUUUUUGUUACAUAUAAAGUGAAUCAGACAGUAACAUGUUAAAGCAUCUAAUAAUAAUGAUCAUAGAAUACACUUUAAAAACUGUAUAUUCCCUUAUUAACGCCUGUAAAAAUGCUUCAUAUUACAUUUCUCAAAAGGGGGCAUUUAUUAACACCCACAAAAUUUUAUAUUUAUUCUAUUUUUUUGUUACAUUUUUUUUAGGGAAAUAUAGACUUCAAAUGAAUGAAUUUUAACAAUUAUAGCACUUGCAAAGUUCUGAUGUUUACUUGUUAUCUAAAUUUUAAAAAAAUUUAACUUUUAGCUUGCUGAAUUUCUAAAAUGGACUGGUCCAUCAUUCAAUUUGGGCAAUACCAUUUAUUAUUCGAAGGGUGUUCACUGAAAAUUUACUGACUAAAUAGCGAACAGUGCAGACCAUGAUCAGACUGCAUGGAUGUGCAGGCUGAUCUUGGUCUGCACUGGUCGCAAGGGCAAAACCAAUUGCCGCCAGCAGGCUAAAGGUUAAACUCUGGGGGAGCAUUAAUUAGGGAAUAUAUGGUAUUUUGUUAAAUUGUUGUUUAUCAUGAUACACAGACAAGCGCCAGUGUUAAUGAUGAUUUUGUUAUAUUGUAACAUAUUUUACUGUUCUUUAGUUUAGACUGUAUUUAUUCAAAUAUCAUGUAUAUAGAUUACAUACACAUAUACGCAGUAGUAACUGUAUGUUGUAGUUGAUGUAUUUAUUAUUAUUUUGUCUUUUGAAAAUGGAAUUUACUGUGAAAUCAAUUACAAUUUAUUUUAUGCUCUUCAGUGAAAUACUGAAGUUUAUCUGUGAAAUAAAAUUGAUAUUUUUACUGUUCCGAAAAAGUUAUGAAAUGUAUAACAGCUCCGGUGCAUUUUGACAUAUACAACCCAUUGUGAAAUCAUCAAUUGAAAACCUUGCUUGCAAAAAAAGAAAAAAAGAUGUGUAGGUAGGCCCAGGCCUUUGGGGCUUAAUAGGUAGCUAUAUAACUGUUUAUGACACUAGCAGAAUAGGUAAUAGACUCUUUAAAUUGUUAUAUAAGAGUUACAAUGACAAAAAAAUGAAUAUUUUGGCUGUUGUUUACCCAGAUCUUUUUUGACUGAUUAGCAUGUAUGGUGUUGUUGGUUUUUUUAUGCCCCCGAAGGGAGGCAUAUAGUUUUUGAACCGUCUGUCUGUCUGUCUGUCCGUCGGUCUGUCAGUCUGUCCGCAAUUUUCGUGUCCAGUCCAUAUCUUUGUCAUCGAUGGAUGGAUUUUCAAAUAACUUGGCAUGAAUGUGUACCACAGUAAGACGACGUGUCCCGCGCAAGACCCAGGUCCGUAGCUCAAAGGUCAAGGUCACACUUAGACAUUAAAGGAUAGUGCAUUGAUGGGCGUGUCCGGUCCAUAUCUUUGUCAUCGAUGGAUGGAUUUUCAAAUAACUUGGCAUGAAUGUGUACCACAGUAAGACGACGUGUCGCGCGCAAGACCCAGGUCCGUAGCUCAAAGGUCAAGGUCACACUUAGACAUUAAAGGAUAGUGCAUUGAUGGGCGUGUCCAGACCAUAUCUUUGUCAUCGAUGGAUGGAUUUUCAAAUAACUUGGCAUGAAUGUGUACCACAGUAAGACGACGUGUCACGCCCAAGACCCAGGUCCGUAGCUCAAAGAUCAAGGUCACACUUAGACGUUAAAGGUCAUUUUUCAUGAUAGUGCAUUGAUGGGCGUGUCGGGUCCAUAUCUUUGCCAUUCAUGCAUGGAUUUUAAAAUAACUACGCAUGAAUGUGUGACACAGUAAGACGACAUGUCGCGCGCAAGACCCAGCUCCGUAGGUCAAAGGUCCUAAACUCUAACAUCGGCCAUAACUAUUCAUUCAAAGUGCCAUCGGGGGCAUGUGUCAUCCUAUGGAGACAGCUCUUGUUUCACCUUGAACACAGAUUAAACUGUAGUAUUGUUUGUAAAAACCCCACCCCCUUCCCGAAAAAAAAAAAGAAUUUAAAAGGUAACGUUGUCAAUAUAGGAAAUCUCUUGACAGUAGAGUUCUUUUGAUGGUGUUUCUCAACAACAUGUUGGCUUGUAUCAUCCACAGUUCUGAUAAUUAUGUGGAUGAACAUUGAUAUUUGUUAUAUAUUUUUCUCUUUAUAGACUAUAUAUGAGCCACGCCAUGAGAAAACCAAAGUAGUGGCUUUGCAACCAGCAUGGAUCCAGACCAGCCUGCGCAGUCUGGUCAGGAUCCAUGCUGUUCGCUAACAGUUUCUCUAACUGCAGUAGGCUUUAGAAGCGAACAGCAUGGAUCCUGACCAGACUGCGCACACGUGCAGGCUGGUCUGGAUCCAUGCUGGUUGCAAAGCCACUAUGUUGGUUUUCCCAUGGCACGGCUCAUAUAUGUAUUUUAAUUUGAUGUUGUGAUAUACAAGUUGGGUAUGUUCAGUAUUAGUGCAAUAAUGUUAGCAUUUUUUUUAAUUAUUACAUGAAAAUUCACUUUUUUUUUUUAUUUCAUUUUAGAAUUACAUUUUUGAAAAGAUUACAUAUCUGCAUGUCCCCUACCCCACCACUAUCAGAUUUUUUAACCCCCUGCGGAUGUUUCAGCAGAGGAAACUUGAGAUUUGCCCCCCUGUCUGUCAGCCCACCACACAAUGUGGGAUUCUUUGAUAAUUUAAAGAAUUUUUAAUAUGAAACUUGGUACAUGGAUAGAUGGCAAUAUGAGCAAUAUGCAUGUCCUUUUAUUUUGUUGCUAUGGUAACAAAUAGUCCAACAUAAUGACAAAAAAGUGGAUUCUGUGGUAAAGCUUGAUGAAUUUUUUAUGAAAUUUGGUAAAAAGGUAGACAACAAAUGUUGGGAACAUGUACAUUAUUUUGUCCAUCUGUUUAUCCAUCUGUCUGUCUGUCUGUCUUUCUUUCAGUCAGUUGAUUCUGUCAUAUCUUUUAAAAAUACUAGAGAGAUUAUCAUGAAAUGUUUGACAAAGAUAGAAAGCAGUGUUUAGAAUUAUACAGAUCAUUUUAUUUUUCCAUCUGUCUCUCCAUCUGUCAAUCAUAAGAUAGAACCUUAUAGUUAAACAAUAUGCAACUUCUUCAAUACAAAAAGUGUGGUUCCUAUGGCAGCAAAUAUGACAAAUGUCUAGAAGGGGAUUUGUAUUGCUGGACAAUAGACUAUGUCUUAUUCAGUUGUUACUACAUUUUUUAAGCUUACUGAGUGAUUACAGUACAUGUAAGUUUGUUAAAAUAUAUUUUGACAACGUUUAACUGUGAAAUCAUUUUUAUUCGCGUAGGACGAAUUUUUUGCGUAUUUCGCGCUAGGACCAAUGCGCGAAUUUAAGAACUAUUAUUAUUUUUUUAUUUUAUUUCUUCAUUUCUAAAAUUGAAAAUGCGCAAAUUUAAGCCCGCGCGAAACAGCCCUUUUUCACGUUUGCGCGAAAUUUCGUGCCAGCGAAUUUAAAUGAUUUCACAGUAUUAUAUUUAAAGAACAGAUAAUAUUUGAAUCAAUUUGUAGAUACUGCCUCAUUCACAAAAAUUAAUGGUACAUGUACCAGUAUUUAGAGAUCAAAAUGUGUAUAAAGCAUAUGCCUAUAUUUAUGUCAGUUAUUUUGAAAGGUAUUCCAGUUUGCUUAGAUAUGUAAAUAAAAAGUACUAACAAAGUGAUAUAUUGUGAGAUCUAGAUACUAAAUGUUUAGUUAAACACUCACACAUAGUCUGUAAAAUAUAUAGAACAGCUGUCUACAUGUACACAUUGUAAAUCACACAGUAAAUAUUUGAUGUAGAAUAGAAGGAAUUUAGUGGCAUUUUACGGUUGUGGACAAUAAUCACACUCUAUAAUUACAUAUUUUUUCUUGGAUAAUUAGACACUUUUUGGACACACAUGACUUUCCACAAACACCAGAGAAUGCCAAAAUCACAUACAGAUAAUAUGUAACUGACCGAUAAUCACUAUAUUUUCUCUACCUUAACGUCGCCUUAUGACCUUAAUUUUACUUGUGUCUCCAACCCCAUCCCAACCACACACACGCACACCCAUUGAAGCUACCCUAGUCUAUAACAAAAAUUAUACUUAAAAUGUACUUUACAAUGUACUUCAGUUCAAAGUAGUUUGUAAAAAAUAUCAACUUAACCCUUAGCCUGCUGGCGGCAAGUGAUUUUGCCUUUGCGACCAGUGCAGACCAAGAUCAGCCUGCACAUCCGUUCAGUAUAAUCAUGGUCUGCACUGUUUGCUAUUCAGUCAGUAAAUUUUCAGUGAGCACCCCUUUAAAUAAUAAGUGAAGCUGCCCAAAUUGAAUGAUGGACCAGUCCAUUUUAGAAAUUUAGCACGGUAAAGGUUAAACAAUACUGAUAUAUGAAUUUUGAUAUUGUGGUAUUGCUUGCCGUUUUUAAGAAAAAUUAUACCACGGGCUUAGUGCAAAACGGUUAUUACUUAUAUGAAAUAAAGAAGGAGUUACAACCAUUUUGCGCUAAGCCCGCGAUACUGUGGUGUACAUCUAGAGGUGUGCCUCUUUAAUUAACGUUUUUGUUUCAAGACCUCAUUUUCAGAUUCAGUUCAGUUCUGAUUUAACUUUGAAAAAUGUUCUUUCUUUCAUUCUAUGUUUUCAGUAAUGUAACAUUGCAAUUUUUGUUUUGUUAAGGUUUUCAUAGGUUGCAAUAUAAGUUUUAUUUUUGUAUUUGCAAUAAUUUUAUAAUUGUUAUUACAAAUGUUAGUUUUUAACUGAAGAUAGCUAUUGUGAUGGACCUAUGCCCAUCUUUUGAUAUCAUUAAUAUUUGAAAUGAAAACACUCUAAGAGGCAUUUUUAUUUGGCCAAAUCUUACUUGAACUUGUUUAGAAUUUUUCGCUUAGAUUUUGAUGAGUUUAAUCCAUGGUCAUCUGGUAUAAAAACUAGGUCACUAGGUCAAAUUACAGAUUAAGCUUUUUAACAGGUUUAAGUACAAAUUUUCAACUUGAUUUACUUGAAACUUAGUCGGAAUAUUUACCUUUAUAAUUUCAAUAUCAAGUUUGUCUCCUAGGGUAAAAAACCAAGUAUUAAGUCAAAUCCUAGAAAAUAUGUUAACACUAUAGAGGCUACAUUUUGUACUAGAUUUACAUAAAACUUGGUUAGAAUGUUUGGCUUCAGGAAAUAUAGACCAAAUUACAUAUUGUCAUAUAGUGUCAAAAACUAGGUCAGUGAGUCAAAUCAUGCAAAAAAUCCUUAUCACAUUUUCCACCUUGUUUACACGAAAUAUGGUAAGAAGUUUUGGUUUAAACAGAAAUUAGCUUAGUACAUACAGUUGUCCUUUCCCAAGAAAGAAGUUGGAAAUAGGAAGUAGGGCUUUAGGUCAAAUAUUAGGAAAAUCUUGUUAACACUUUAAAAGCCACAUUUUUCUGUCUGAUCUAGAAACAUAGUCAGAAUAUUGUCCAAAUUGUUUCUCAAGUUGAAACUAGGCCAUCUUAAUUAUCCAGGUGGUUGAUAUAGAGCCUUCAUGACCCACUUGUUAAAUUCAUUUAUUUAUCAAAACAUGACUGAUAAAAUAACGAAAAUUUGUAUAUUAUACAACGAUUUGCAUCCUUGAUUAUGCAUUUUUUGUUGGUCAACUAGUACAUGUAGAAUCAUGCAGUGAUGUCUAGUUUAAAGCUUUUUUAAAUUAUUUGUGGAGAUGUUUUGAAAUUCUAGAAUUAUUGGUUUGCACAGAAAAGUCCUUGAAUUUAUUUUUGAUCUUGAAAACUCCUUGAAAAUAGCUUAAGCCCUCAAAACACAAAGAAAGUGCUUGGAUUUUGAAAAUUAAAUGCUUGACUUUCACUUAAAAUUCAUUGAAAAAUGUAUUGAUGUAUUGUCAGAAUUUUGUUUAUUAUUUAAGUGGAUAAAUUAAUUUUAAAAAAAAGAUAUAUAGUAAACAUAAAGAUUAUUUGAAGGAAAAUAUGGUAUCUUGGUCACUUACUGACCCUGGUAUGUGACAGUUGUGGUCAUAACUGGUGGUCUGUAACUGCAUUUUAUCACAGUUUACAUAGAGUGCAAUUCUACUAAAACACCGUAUUCUUGGAAAUAGUUGAUAAAGGUUGUUAGCACAUUGUUUUGAGAAAAACAGAAAACAAGAUACUUUGAAAAUCCUUGACUUUUGUUACAGAUGUUUUAUAUGAACCUUGUUGAUAAUACCAUUGAUGUAAUACAUGUAUAUAGAAACUGAAGAAAAUUAAAAGAAAGUACUUGUGGAUAUCACCAUAGUUCAGAAAAUUUCUGCAGACCUUUUGGGAAAGCUUUAAUAUGCUCUGUAAUUGCAUUUGAUUCAAGCAUUUUACGAAAAACAUGAAUUCAUUGAUAAAAAUUUUAUUCAAACAGUCA